UUCCAGAUGUUUCUCACGCCUCGCCGCAUGUGCACGGAAUUACGGAUCGUCGUCGUAAAAAAGUCGAAAUAAUAAAUAGAACUGCCAGGCGAAAUUCAUCACGAUGAUCAUUCCUGUGCGGUGCUUCACCUGCGGAAAAGUGAUUGGAAACAAAUGGGAGGCAUAUCUGGGACUCCUUCAAGCGGAAUACACCGAAGGAGACGCUUUGGACGCGCUAGGUCUGAAAAGAUACUGCUGUCGCAGGAUGCUGCUUGGGCACGUGGACUUGAUCGAGAAGUUACUUAACUACGCGCCGCUAGAGAAAUAAUAAUUUUUAUCUGUCAUGCCGUCAAUUGGCUGGAUCUCCCAUCGAUCGAUCGCAAGAUACCUGUACAUAACUCAAUUGUUAUACAUUGAAACCAAGUGAAGGAACAAUCGGAGUUAUUCUAUUGUAUAGUCUUGACAUUUUACGUUCUAAUAUAAUGUGUUUGUGUGAUAAAUCUACCCUAAGUUUCUAAGAAAAAAAAAAUAAAAGAAUAUUUUAUUUGUA